GCUUACAGUCUGCAGACGCUGACAGAGAUCUAGCGAUGGACCCACGCAGACGCUCCCAAUCCUGCGAGCCUCGGAUCCACUCUUUUCCUACUAACACGUUUGUUUUCCUAGGCUAUAUUUAACUCCUAUCCUCCCUGCCUUUUAAUGAGGCUUUGGAUGCGUAAUUGCGCCAUGCUUCCGCUCAACACUGUCUGCUUUUUUAUUCCCGGAGCCGAAAGGCAGCCCUCCGCCAUCGAGAGGAGGCUGGGGUUUUGUGAGCCGCUUGUCUGCUGAGCCUUGCGAGAUGGUGUAUCAAAACAAAACUAACCCGAGCUGCCUUUACUCCGCAGGGACUGGACCCACAGACAGGGACGCGUUAUGUGCAGGACACUUGUGAGAUGAAGGACAAGAAGAAGAAGAAAAAGAAAUAUUAGAUGUUUUGUUUUUUGGAAGUGGGAUGAUCGGGAUGGAUGUUUAUUUUGUUCAUCAUUUGCUGUAUACUAACACUGAAGUGAUGUGGGAAUAAAGUGCGAAUACCCGACUUCGAUGGCGAACACAAGCGAGUUGGGAGAGAGCAGCAGUCCGUCCUUCCACAACUAUGCGUCCGCGGCCUCUGCGGUCAAGCUGGCCUCCCUGGGUCUGAUCAUGGGCAUCAGCCUGCUGGGCAACGCGUCGCUGUCCCUGCUGCUGCUGAAGGACAGCUCCCUGCACAAGGCGCACUACUUCUUCCUGCUGGACCUGUGCCUGGCGGACGUGGUGCGCUCCGCCGUCUGCUUCCCCUUCGUCAUGGCAUCUAUCAGCGGCGGGUCAGCCUGGCCGUACAGCGCGCUCUGCUGCAAGCUGGUCGCCUUCAUGUCGGUGCUUUUCUGCUUCCACGUCGCCUUCCUGCUGUUCUGCGUCAGCGUCACCCGCUACAUGGCGAUCGCCCACCACCGCUUCUACUACAAGCGGAUGAAUGUGUGUACGUGCGCGGCGGUGAUCUGCAUGGUGUGGACGCUCUCUGUGGCCAUGGCGUUCCCCCCGGUGUUCGACGUGGGCACCUACAAGUUCAUCCGUGAGGAGGAGCAGUGCACCUUCGAGCACCGCUACUUGAAGGCCAACGACACGCUGGGCUUCAUGCUCAUGCUGGCGGUCAUCGUGGGCACGACGCAUGUGGUGUACGUGAAGAUGCUGUGCUUCGUGUACGAUCACCGGAAAAUGAAGCCAGCUCAGUUGGUGCCAGCUAUCAGUCAGAAUUGGACCUUCCACGGACCGGGGGCCACCGGGCAGGCUGCCGCUAAUUGGAUAGCCGGAUUCGGACGAGGACCAACCCCGCCGACCUUAGUGGGGAUCAGGCAAGCCUCUCACCCCGGAAACAGGAGGCUUCUGGUGCUGGAUGAGUUUAAAAUGGAGAAACGGAUUGGGAAGAUGUACUACAUAAUCAGCCUGACCUUCCUCAUUCUGUGGGCUCCUUAUAUAAGCUCAUGUUACCUGAGAAUAUUUGUGCGCGGAGCUCCGGUGCCGCAGCUCUACCUGAGCGCUGCGGUGUGGAUGAGCUUCGCCCAGGCGGGGGCCAACCCCAUCAUCAGCUUCCUGUUCAACAAGGAGCUCCGGGUGCGCCUCAGAGCCUGUUUCCCCUCAUGCCUGGGAACACAGACUCCCAUGGAGCCAUACUGUGUCACCUGAGGCCCCAAAAUACUUAAAAAGACACAUGUUGUUUCAGAAUGUACGCAGACUGCUCCCCAAAUGUGUUUGUACACACACAUACAUAGGGAUGAUGUGGAGGGUGAACCCACUUCUCAUUGCUUCUAAUAUUUAUUUAAUUGCUUUUUUUGUUCAUGGCAAAUAUAAUUUGCUUUUUUAAUCUGACAAAAACUUGAAUGUGAUAUAAAGUAAAGCUACAAAAAGCAUAUGAUUUGAUGGUUUUUCAAAACAAUCCCCUUUGCCAUUUGUUUUAUUGGCUUCACAGUAGAGCGGGGUCAGUUGGGACACUUAUGUAUCUACACGAAAUAACUUUGAUUUCAUACGUUACUUCGACAAUAAUGACAAUAUUUGAAUGCUUAAACAGAUAUUGGUGCCUGCUGACAAUCAAACACGUGUUUUAAUGCCCAACCAAACAUGAAAGGCACACAUUUGUAAAAGGUUACCUUGUUUAGGGCAAAACAAUUGAAAAAUACAAAUGUGCAGUCUUAAUUUGAACACCAUAGUUCAUAUUUACAAUAUAAUUUGCUUUAAAACUUCUGGGGAAAAAUAAAAAUGAUAACGGUUUCUAACAAUUGCUGCCACUUGAGUAAACAUUGUGUCAGUGACGUAACAUUAUGGUCUCCUUAUGUCAUGUCUUUUUUGUUAUUAAAAACAAACUAUAAACAAUACAGUCCCAAUUACAUUUGUGGACAUGCCUCUACCAUCCCUGAGAGAGCAGACACACUUAACAUCUGAAAUGGGCUUUUAUAAGCUGCAAUUUAUGAAACUGUCUUUAAAAUGUGAGGACAUUGACGUUUAUGCUCAAAUGAAUGAUGCAUUCACACCAGACGCAAAGCAAAGAUUUACCAACUCGCACAAGUUUUAAUGCGGCAUCAUUUUAGUUUACUCCGCAAUAUCAGAAUGAGGCCGAAGUAACUACACACUUAAACAAAUGAGUUAUUAAACCAUGAAUUAAUGCUUUGGCAAGUGUAUCUGAAGACAGCAGGCAAAAAACAUUUGAAAUGCUAUGCUAAUCAGGCCAUGCUAAGCUAACGAUGUUGCUCCUCCAUCCAUACUCAAAAUAACGUCAGAUAGACAUGAAGUGAAUACAGGCGGAGAUUCUUACUGCUGAUUGGCUUGCGUGAGACAGCGUCACGCAAAUGACUUGUUCAAGUUGAAAAAAUUGAACUCUUGCAAAUUGCGCAGCGUUAUUAGCAAUUCCGUUGCAAAUCUGCUUCUAUCGGCGUCUUUGCAUUUACUUUACAUGUAAUCCCGCCAUGGGAAAAAAUCCACUUUACAUCCAGUGUGAACGUCUGAGCAUUGUGAAGAGCAGAGAUGCUUUUUGAGGAAAAGUACCAACUGAGCCCGCUCUCCCCUAGGUGACACUUAUUCCAAAUAUAGGGUAAGUAUGACAUGUAGCCUUCUGUGUCAUGUUAUGUCCUAUUUUUGGAGAUUAUUUUUCAUGUCCUAUCAACUUUAUCGGUCCACAACAAUAUUGUACAUGAAUGUUACUUUGGCUAUUUGUAUAUUUUCAAAUUGUAUCCCGGCACACUCGUUUGCCUUUUGAUGACUGAAACACAACAGAGCUCUUUUAUCAGCUGAUCAGAGCCAGUUUCUCUGUGGCACACUGGCUUUCUAGUCGUUUGGAUACCACAAAUGAGACACAGAUCUCAGUAUAUUUUUUAAUGAGGACAGCAAGUGUCCCAUUUGUAAAUACUGUAUAGCCUCAUUUCCAUCAUUCUUUCUGCUUUUUUCUUUUUUUUUACCAGAUGGUAUAUUUCCUAAUCCAUUGGGACUCCUUGUGUUUAAAAAGGUGUUAAAACUCACUUUAAAAAAGGUAUUUUGCAAAUUCUUCUUCUUCAUGGGUCAGUUCUGUUGGGUUAUCCUUGAAUUAUAUUCUUUUCUACAGAUAUGCACAUAAACAUUUUAGCAAUGUGGUGCUUUGGAAAGGAUGUUUGCAUUGUUUGUAUUUCUCAGCAAAUAAAUAAGAAAUGAAGAUA